AUGAAUUUGAAACAAUAUAAAAAAUAGAAUCAACUUCCAGAUAUUGAGACAUUGAAAUAUCAUAGAAGAGUAUAAGUUAGUAAGAAUCCAAGUAAUUUGGUUGAAUUUGUAAAUGUGAAUAGUAAAUUUACUAAAAAAAUGGAGAAACUAGAGAGAGGUGAUUGUUUAACUGACAUAUUUUUGAAAGAGUUGAGUGAAACAGAUUAAUAAUAAAAUUAUGAAUACUCACCAAAUGAGUAUAUAAAUUCUUUAGUGGUUCAUAGAAAUCCAAUAUUUUUAUAAAAAAAGCAUGCAUAACUAAAUUGA